GCAGCCUCCCUGCUCGCCUAUCACAGCCAGUCCCCUGCAUAGUGCGCAUUUGGGCUCUGCAGUGGUUGUUCCUGCUGUGUCACUCUCUCCUUCCCCCUUACUUGAUCUUCUUGGUGGCAGGAUUAUAAUCCGGUGUUCUGCUGCUGUUGUGCCCUGGUUUGAGCUUUCUACCUGACUUCUGCCUGCACUUCUCUUUGCUCUGACUGUGCCAAAUGUAGAAAGGAAAGAAUCAGAUGCAUCUGCCUGAUGGGGUCCAUGAGACUGCAUCCAGCUGUCUUUCCAAGUCAUUGCUGUUGGUACUGCACCAAGCAUGGAGAAUGACCAGUUCACCGAGAAGCAGCAGCAGGUUUCCACUUCACCUAGGCAAGACAUUCAGGGACAAAGCAAGGAGGAACCUGUCCCCAGCUCACAGCCCCUGCCCCCCACAGACCAAACCAGUGCCCAGACUGAAGCAGCCACAUGUGACAUCUCAGAGGAGCUGAGCCGGCAACUGGAGGACAUUAUUAAAACCUAUGGGUCUGCAGCAAGUCUGAUGGAGAAGGAUGGCACUACAGCAGGAACUGACAAGCUGGAGAAGGGAGAUGUGGGCAAUAUGGAGGAUGCAGAGUAUGAGGAUGCAAAUGAAGAAAGUGAGAAAGACAAACCAGCCCCUGGAGAUGCUUCAAGAGCAAAGGAGCCCAGCACUAGCAAGGAACAAAAGCUGGAGAAGAAAAUCCUGAAAGGACUAGGGAAGGAAGCCACCCUCCUGAUGCAAACGUUGAACAAGCUGACUACGCCAGAGGAGAAGCUGGACCUGUUAUUUAAGAAGUAUGCUGAGUUGCUUGAGGAGCAUCGUGCUGAGCAGAAGCAGCUCAAGUACCUGCAGAAGAGGCAGGCCCAGAUCACUAAGGAAAAGGACCAGCUGCAGAGUGAGCACAGCCGAGCCAUCCUUGCUCGCAGCAAGCUUGAAAGCCUGUGCCGGGAGCUUCAGAGGCACAACAAAACUCUCAAGGAGGAAACAAUUCAGCGGGCACGGGAGGAAGAUGAGAAGAGGAAAGAAAUAACAAAUCAUUUCCAGGGCACGCUGAGUGAAAUACAGGCUCAGAUUGAGCAGCAAAGUGAGAGGAACAUGAAGCUCUGCCAGGAGAACACAGAGCUGGCAGAGAAGCUGAAAAGCAUUAUUGACCAGUACGAGCUGCGGGAAGAGCACCUUGACAAAAUAUUUAAGCACAGAGAACUUCAACAGAAAUUGGUGGAUGCCAAGUUGGAGCAGUCUCAGGAAAUGAUGAAGGAAGCAGAGGAGCGACAUCAGAAGGAAAAGGAAUAUCUCCUGAAUCAAGCUGCAGAAUGGAAGCUACAGGCCAAAAUGUUAAAGGAACAAGAGACAGUCCUGCAGGCACAGAUCACUCUCUACUCUGAGCGAUUUGAAGAAUUUCAAAAAACAUUGACCAAAAGCAAUGAAGUGUUUGCUACCUUCAAACAGGAGAUGGAGAAAAUGACAAAGAAAAUGAAGAAGUUGGAAAAGGAUACUGCUACUUGGAAAUCCAGGUUUGAGAACUGUAACAGAGCAUUAUUGGACAUGAUUGAAGAGAAAGCCAUGAGGACCAAGGAAUAUGAGUGCUUUGUGCUGAAAAUCCAGAGGCUAGAGAACCUUUGCCGAGCUCUGCAGGAAGAGAGGAAUGAAUUGUACAGGAAAAUAAAACAAGCACAGCUCCCUGAAGAAGUGAAUGGAAAUGACAUCUUAGAAGAUGAUGACGACACUAAUACAAACCCUUCCUCCCCUGAGCAGGCAAGCAUUGAGUUAUAUGCUGCUGACAAGAAUAUGCUGCAGGAGCUAGCUGAAGCUUUCAGGGUGACCCACAAAGCAGAGGAGACCCUCCCAAGCGACAGCAGCAGUUCAGAGACAUGCGAUGUUCAAAUGUGUAAAGCCAGCUCUGCGCCAGAACUCCCCUCUCAUCUCACUUCACAGCCAGAGGCUGGGAACCACUGUGAGCAGUUCAGCAUGAGCACAUCAGCACCCCCUGAACACAUGCCAGCAUCCACUGAAAAUAUGACAACACCCAUUGAGAACAUGCCAAAGGCCACCAAAAGCAUGCCCAUGCCCCCAGAAAUGGUGCCAACACCCACAGAAAGUGUGCCAAUACCUACAGAAGGUGUGCCAACACAUCCCAAAAUCAUGCCAGCAACCCCUGAAAGUGUGCCAACACCCAUGCAAAACACAUCUGCUCCAGUUGGAAAUAUGCCACCAUCCACCAAAAGCACACCAGAAGCUGUAGAACAUGUGGGUGACAUAGCAGAGCUGUUUGUUCAGGAUCAGCCUGCAGAGCAAAAAGGGGAUACAGAUAUGGAAGCAGUAGAUUAAAGACAAAGAAGAGUUCAGGCUCAUAUUAGACAAACCAUAGCUCUACUUUGUUCCUCAAAUUUAUUGUGUAAAUUAAAAAGUGAGUGGUAAAACACAAUUAUACAUACCUGUAGACAAACAUAAUGCACUUCUCUUUGAUACCACUAUCCAGUUUUACUCGGUCUGCAUGUUUUGCUGUCCUUCAUCUGAUUAAAGCAUAAUAUUUUCUUACUGAUAGGAAAAUUCAACAAAAUUACAGUAUCUUUUCUCCCAGCCAUGAGUCAUCUUCUUCAACAAAAUGAUUUUGAAAUGCUGGAGUUAAAUAUUUCAAAAGUCAUUGCUAUUUUCAUACAUACACUUAAAGUCUCAUAAUUAAUUAUAUCUAUUUGAUAUGUUGCAUAAAAGAUGGCUUACUUGGAAAUGCAGAGAUCUCAAUGAAUGAGGAAAAAGGAAUCUGUGAUUAUAAAGUAAAAUAGUGAAACCAUCAAUGUGGUCAGCCAUAUCCAAAUUGAGCUGUAAUAACAAAAGGUGAUUUAUUAUGCUUUUUUAGAGUAAACUACCACUGAGCACUAUGUGGACUGCAUAUCUCUAACUUUCAGCCUUACCCUGAACUGUCUUUUCUGCUUUCUACUUGACAAGAGGUUUUGUUUUCAUCAGAACAAUGAAGGAAGGGAGACCUUUUCUAGAUUCCUCAUAAAAUGACUGAAAAGAACACUAACUUCUAAGCUGAUGGUGAUUUCCAAGGUAGGAAUCACAAAUUUCCUUCUGCAUCUAAAAUAAACCUGACAGUUUCUCAUACCAUUUGGGAUUGUGAUAUCAAACAGAGACACCUACCUGCUGCCAGCCAGCAAAUGAGCUUGGAAGCCUGGAAGUUCAGAAGCUGGGUGCAGAUUCCAGCACUUAAACCAGGAGCAAAAGGCAGAGAUUACACCAGGAGAUACCCUUGUGAUAAUGCUUCAGGAUGAUGUGAUCCCUCCCAGACACAGCGACAUGAACCUCUGUUCACUGAAGGUUCCUUCUGACUCCAUUGUACGUGCUAAUGCAACCAGGAGAAAGACAAGCACACUUAUCUGUCACCCUGUUCAAGUCAGUAGCCCACGAGCAAAUACGUACCAGAAAAGCAGGAAUCGCUGUUCUUUCUGGGGACCAGCUGUAUUUCUACUUCUUUUCUAAACAGCUCUUCCUAUCUGCUUGUCAACACAACAUUGCCUAGUAUUUUCUCUCCCAUGUUGGAACUGCCAAGCCAGAAGUACUGAUUUUGACAUCAAGUACAAGGAUAAGGAAGGAAGCAAGUAAGGGUGUAGCUACCAAGACAGCUGUCUGGUCUCAAGGAAAGAGAGUAAGAAGGCCCUAGGGAAUGCAGCCUAGGUCUUUGGAUUGUGAUCUGAAUAGCUUAAGAAUCUGAAAAGGGCAGUAACAUGAGAUAUCCAGAUGCAGGAAAGCUAAAUCUUACAAUCAAACAAGCUCAUGACUAGAAAAAAAUUGCAAGAGCCCCUGAGGAGAAUUUGAUCUGAAUUUAAGCCAAAAUUGAAAUACAGUUGAAUUAAGAGAAAAGAUGCCACCGUUGGCAGAAUGUGGGAGACCGUGGUCACACAUUCAUUCCUGCAUGUCAUCCUCCAAAAGUGAGGUUUGAAUCUUUGUGUUCUGCUAUUGUGUAAGCAGCCUGGCUGAGAACAUCUGCAUUUGUACUGUACAUUCAGUCUUUGAGAGCUAACUCAAAUAUACAGAGCACAAGUUGCAAAUGUUGGUUGUUCUAAUACAGACUAACAAGUAGCUAUUAGAGCUUCAGCUACCAAAUGUAGAUGUCUUAAAUUAUGCUGACAGGACUUAUUUCAUGCCUUCAAUCACCUGAAAGUGGAUCAUUUAAGUCUUAGUUAUGUUAAGCUCCUUUUAUAAGUAAUGGAGAUAAUAGGCGUUUCUUGAGGACAAGUCCUCCCCUGGUAAAACAAACAUCCAAGAUUGAAGAAAAUGUUUUUCUCUUCAAUGAUUCUAGAAUCAGCCCAAAAUAACAAUGUUAAAUUUAAAAUGACAAAUAUUACGUGUCUAAAUUAGUUAGGUAAGAGGAAUACCACCAUACAUACAGGAUCAAGGUCCUAAGCAAAUCAACCAAGACACUCUGAAAACCAAGACUCUUACGUGCCUUUGAAAAUGUUGCCUUUUAGCAAAAUUUCAUCCUAAGAAAACAAGCUGUAUUCACUUGAUUUACUUUUAGUUUCUAUUGCCUUGAGUCUGUAGAAAUGUGGUUUCCACUACAAGCUCUGUUUGUUUUUUUUAAGGGUGGUUUUAAAAUUUGUGUAAUUUAUAUACCUUUUCUUUUUCUUCUCCUCUUUCUUGAUCUCAUUUGAUUCUGUUGUCAGUUUUGGAACUUCCUGCAUGUAGCCAACUCUUAUUUUUUUAAAGUAGGCCUUUAAAAUACCUUUAAUUGUUGUAGUUGUCUCAUAAAGUCAAAUAUUCAAUUACAUAAUGA